AUGUUAGAUAUAUUCAAAAGACGUUUGUUGACUUUCAAAUGGGAACAAUAUUUAGCAGCCUCUUUAGCCAGCUAUGGCAGCCUUUGUACAGGCAUGGCCAUGGGGUGGACAUCUCCAGUACUGCCACAGCUUCGAGGGCCGAAUUCUCCUCUGCCCCGCGAACCAACACUGCAAGAGGAAUCUUGGAUAGGGUCACUCCUAGUGCUAGGCGGAUUAUUUGGUCCUCUACUGACAGUGCCUCUUUCAAGAUACAUAGGCCGAAGAUGGAUAAUAAUGAGUACAAACUUGCCGCUCCUUCUGGGUUGGUUACUAGCUGGAGUCGCCACCAAUCUGGAGACACUGUACGUAGCCAGACUGGCCUGGGGUUGCGCCACGGGCAUGCUGUUCGCAACAGUACCCGUCUAUAUAGGAGAGAUUGCUGAAGACAAAAUACGUGGAUCUUUAAGCGCUCUGUUUUUGCUGUUCAUCAACGUCGGGUUCCUGCUAGCGUAUGCCAUCGGACCUUUCACCUCGUACUGGGGCCUGACAGCAACAGGUGGCAUCCUGUCACUCUUUUAUUUACCCUUCACUUGGUUUAUACCGGAGACACCUUUCUUCUUGAUUUACAAAGGUCGUAAGGAUGAGGCCUCUAAAGUGCUACAAAGUCUACGCCGCGCUACUAAAGAGGCGGUACAACCAGAGCUUGAAGGUCUGGAGGCUAUGGUGGCUAGAGAAUUCAAAGAGGAGCCACGUAUCAAAGAUCUUUGGGCCUCUAGAGGAAAUAUCAAAGCUUUAGGUAUAUGCGUAUUCCUAGCAAUGUUGUUGCAGCUAUCAGGUAUUGAUGUCCUGCUUUUCUACAUGGAAGAGCUAUUAGUGAAAGUUGGUACAAAGAUGUCUGCCUCUGAUGGUACCAUAAUUAUGGGAGUCGUGCAGGUCGUAACAAGCUGCAUUACACCGUUGGUGGUAGAUAGACUUGGCAGGAAAUUGCUCAUGUGGACCACCUCGCUGGGACUUACAAUUUUCUUGGCCCUAAUUGGUGUGUACGCACUGAUUGACUCAUACUACAAGUACGACGUCAGUUCCGUCGCCUUCUUGCCACUGUUAUGCCUCAUCGUAUACAUGGUGUUCUUCACGUUAGGCGUAGGUCCGGUGCCAUGGAUCCUGGUUGCGGAGAUGUUCCCGGUCAAAACAAAGUGCCUGGCCAGCGGUAUCGCCUCAUUCAUGUGCUGGCUUGCAGGAUUUAUAUGGACUAGAUUUUUUCGCGAUGUGGCUGCUUCUUAUGGCAUUUACACGGCUUUCUGGAUCCUGGCGGUGUGCUGUGGCAUCGGGUUUAUAUUUUCUGCAACACUGCUACCCGAGACCAAAGGCAAGACCUUCGACGAGAUUCAAGACAUGCUCAACAACAGAACAAAAGAAGAUAAACCAGCUGAUGUCUGA